GUGUGACGGUGGCUGUCGCUCGCUGUUGUUUAGUUUCCUGUAUUUAUAUCCAGUGAAAAUAAGUUCUUUCUUUUCCGAACCAGCGCGUGGUAAACCAAAAUCAUUCAUCAUGGCUAAAAUGGCAUUUCAGCACCAGGCCGGUACGGCUAUGGAGUGUUUAAGCAUACCAAUAACACUCCAAAAAGAGGCUGGUGUUGACGCUGAAGGUCGGGAAGUGAUGAAAUGUGGCUUCAAAAUUGGAGGUGGUAUUGAUCAGGACUACCGAAAAAGCCCUCAGGGGUACACAGACAAUGGUAUUUACGUAACUGAAGUCCAUGAAGGAAGUCCAGCAGCAAAAGCUGGGUUAAGAAUGCAUGACAAGAUCCUGCAAUGCAAUGGAUAUGACUUCACAAUGGUAACACACAAAAAAGCAGUCAGUUACAUUAAGAAGCACCCAAUACUCAACCUGCUAGUAGCUAGAAAAGGUGUCACCUCAACAUAAAAAAAUUUUAUUAUGUGUCAUUAUAAUAUUUUGCAGUUUGAUUUAUAACUGUAGUGAUGGACAAAUACAUAUAAGAAUACAAACCAAACUUAUUUUUGGCACUAUGUUAUGAUCAAACUGCAAAAUUUUUAAGAAUAACCCCUUAUAGGUUUAAAUCUUAACAAUGACAAGUAUUAUUGUGACAAGUGAUUUACAACGUUAUUUAUUUUUUUAAUUGUAAUAUUUAUAUUAUUAAGAAAGCAAAGUACUCAGUAUAAUGAUAUAUAUAAUUAUGAUACGUAUUUGGCAACUGUGUAGUAAAGUACAUUAUUAUGUUGAGCUAUCAUUGUAUUUUAUUAGUGAGUUACCAUUUAACACACCAAUUAAUUUAAUUUUUCACAUCCAUAUUUUUUGUCACAAAUUAUGAUAAGUGGUUACAACGAUAAAUGCAUAUAAAAAUCUGCCUUUACUGUUUUGAAUUGUAGUAAUUAGAUUAUGAAUUUUAGAUUUUAUGAAUUGGUUAUUAUAUUGUUGUUAUUUUAUCAAGUUAAAAUUAAUUAUUACUAACAUAAUGCACUUUAUGAAAUUGAUAACAUUCCUGUAUGAAAUUAAGUAAAAUCAUGUUAUUGUGCCAAAUUUAAUCCAUAUGCCUAUAUAUUCUGUGUGUCAUAACAUUAAUUAUUGUAUGCAUCAUACAUAUAUACCUGAAUACCUGACUAAAUAAAUGUUUUAGGCAGUAUUAAGACGGUAGCUAAAAAUACUCUGAGUAGUAAUAUAAAACAUAAAAUGAUGUAUCUAAUCAUGUUCAAUAUUGUCUAAGUGGCCUGUGUUUGUACUUGGUUACUGCAGUGGCAGUGGCAAGCCAAAGACUAGUACAAUCAAAUCUAAUAGUGUAUGUUGAACUGUAACUGCCGUAACGCCUUUCUAUCCAAUUAAAAACUUAGAUUGUAAGUACUUAAUUUUUAUGUUAAGAAAUUGGCUAUAAAAUAUACACUUGUAAUAUAAUUAACAGUACUAAUACUCGGAUUUCCGUGUUACUUUCUAAGUGGUGAUAUGUUAAGACAUAAUGGUAAGCAUGUUUUAUUUAUGAGCUCUAACACACUUAUUAGAUAUUAUUACAGUUCAUUUCAGUCAAGUCAUGUGAUAAUUGUAAUAAAAUUAUCUUGUUUAUUUAUGGUUUCAAGAUCAAAUUUUUAUUUUAUAGAAAUUUACACUUUAGAAGACCAUAGCACUAUUUUGCCAUGAGGU